AUGAUUGAGGGGAUGGUGAAGGAUGGUGUUAUUGAACCUUCAUCUAGUCCAUGGUGUUCACCUGUGGUGCUGGUAAAGAAGAAGGACGGCAGCAUGCGGUUUUGUGUUGACUAUCGCCGCCUGAACGACAUUACAAAGAAGGACAGCUAUCCCUUGCCAAGAAUUGAUGACACGCUGGAUAUGCUUACAGGCGUAAAGUGGUUUAGUACGCUAGAUCUGAAAAGUGGCUACUGGCAGGUUGAAAUUGACCCUAAGGACAAGGAGAAAACUGCAUUCUCCACAGGAAAGGGUCUGUGGCAAUUCAAAGUCAUGCCGUUUGGAUUGUGCAAUGCUCCAGCAACGUUUGAAAGGUUGAUGGAGCUUGUACUUACCGGGCUAAUCCAAAUAGACCAGACAAGCAUCUCCAUGCUUGUCUGGUCUAUUUGGAUGACAUCAUCAUCGUAG